UAAAAAGACGUAACAUGAAUGCAGGAAGGCAGGUCUGUUCAUGUUACAUUUUAUUUACUUUUACGCACAAUCGUACUGCGGACAGCCUUGGUUUAUGGUCAUAUUUGUGGGGAAAGGCCAUUAUUGUAACCAACUAUUUUUGUUAUUGCGUUGUUUCACAGCAGCUUUGUGUAAGGCAGCCAGAAUGCGGAACAUCUGGUAAACAAACACUGCUUUGGUCAGAUGCCAAACACUGCUGGAGUAUCAGGUGAUUUCCAAACACCGGAUUGCGAAAUUGACAAAAAAAAAAAUGCAUUCACGCAUUGGUUGUUUUAGAAAUGCUGCACAGACAUUGUAAGUCGUGAGUCUUUUUUAUGGCAGUAAAAUAUAACGGGUUUUUUUCAGCUUUAUUCAACAAAGCAAUGUACAUAUUACGUCAGGCACAAACAAGUACACAACACAAUACAGUAGAGCUGAUAACAACAAAUAUUAAAAAUAAGGACAGACAUUAGAAAACGAGCGAUUAAUUUGACUUCAGGGGGUUUCAUCAAAUAUGUUUGUGUAAUAUUCUAAGAACCUGUUGCUUGUUUUAUUGUUUGAAAGAGCAAGAGAGUUAAGCAUUGAGUUGAAUCAAUUAGAAUACAGGGAAAGAGGGUCGUGAACCUAAAAACUUAAUAAAUAUUUUUUAUUUUAAAGUAGAAAGUGAAAGUAUGUUCAGUCCCUUUCCUACGUCAUAUCCCGCUGAUAAGUCUGAACAACACCCUGAAUGUCGAAGAGGCAUUACCUCUCAGACGCAGAACCGAAAGCAGCGCUGCAACAAAAACAACAGCACAAAAAUGGGUAAAAUCUACCAGGUCGUGGUGAAUGGGCUAAGGGGGGAGAAGAUGAUGAUCGACCUGUGCAACACGGAGGAGCAGAUGCGGAGCAUGACAGUGCUGCAGCUGAAGGAAAAGAUAGCGCAGAAGCUUCCUGAGAACAAUGGAGAGGAGACUCUGCGGUUGAUCUUCGCAGACAAGAGCCUGGAUGAAGACUCCAAGCUGCUGUCUGAUUAUGGAAUCCAGCACAUGUCCCUUAUCAUGAUUGUGAUGAGGGUUCCUGGAGGACUGACUGCUUGACAGAGACCAUCCUCUCCUGCUGCCGCAGCUGCUCAAUGAUAUCUCCUGACACUGUUUACACAUUUUUAAAGCUUUACUGUAUGGGCUGUUUUAUUGCAAUAAUCCUUUAAUGUACCCAAGUGCCUCUAAAGAUGUUUGAAAAAUCUGUUCUUGUUGUACAAAAUAAAGACAAAUUCUCGUUAA